CAUGUCUGGUCAAUGGCUGCAUACUCUUAUUUUGAAACCAUAUCCGGUUGCCUUGCCCGGUCGGCAUUGUUGACAAACUUGAGUGGUUUGACUGAGACCCAAUACGUCACACGGGACGACCAAUCGGAGAGCAGGAAGCGGUCUGCCCCGCCCCGACACGUAUUCAACGUGUCAACACUGCCGUAAAGGAGGCCAACGACUGUCGCAAAACGACGCAUCGUCAGUGCGGAAGCAAACAGAGGAUCAGUGUGACCUGUCAGGUAGAGAGGAGGAGGAGGAGGAGGAGGAGGAGGAAGAGGGGGAAGCAGUGAAGAAGAGGAGGAAACAGUGAAGAUGAGGUUAUUUUAUCAGUGUGUGUAGGAAAAGAUGGACUUUAACACUGUUCUGGUGACUGGAGGCUCCGGAUUCAUCGGCUCCCAUCUUGUGUGUUCACUGGUCGACAGACACCCUGACUGGAGAAUUAUUAACCUGGAUAAUUUGGAUUACUGCUGCAGCCCCAAGAGUCUGGAGAGCAUUGAAGACAGAACAAACUACACCUUUAUCAGAGGAGAUGUGUGUAACUCGCGGUUGGUCAACCACAUUUUCAACACAGAGAACAUCGAUGUUGUUUUCCACCUGGCGGCCAAAACACAUGUCGAGUCGUCAUUUGAAUCUCCCUCGGCUUUCCAGCGGGUGAACGUCGACGGCACCAGAGUUUUACUGGCAGCUGCACAUCAGGCCAGACACCGGCCUCAGCGCUUCAUCUACGUCAGCACUGAUGAGGUGUACGGAGCUGGGCUGGACGAGGUGUUUGAUGAGAGCAGCGCGGUGAGGCCGUCCAACCCGUAUUCUGCCACGAAAGCAGCCGCAGAGCUCCUGGUCAGAUCCUACUGGGAUAAAUACAAGUUUCCAAUCAUCAUCACCAGGAGCAACAACAUCUACGGGCCCCGGCAGUUCACUGAGAAGGUCAUUCCGAGGUUUCUCACCCUGUUGCGAAUGAACAAAAAAUGCACCAUCCAGGGAACGCUCCCUAAGUCCCGCCAUUUCCUGUUUAUCGACGACGCUGUCAGUGCCUUCCUGCUGGUCCUGGAGAAAGGGAUUGUGGGCGAAAUCUACAACAUGGGGACAGGCUGCGAGAUUCUCAUCAUGCAACUGGCCAGGCAGCUUAUCACGAUGGUGAAGAAUGUUCCGGACUCAGAGGCGAAUGAUUGGCUCGAGUUUGUGCCUGACAGGCCACGUGUCGACCUGCGCUACCCAAUCACGUGUGAGAAACUGCAGCAGCUGGGCUGGAGGGCCGAGGUGUCCUGGGCUGAGGGCAUCAGACAAACUGUAAAAUGGUACCAGGACCACCAUGACUUCUGGUCAGACGCUGGCGAGGGCCCAGGACAAAUCUGAGGCAACCUCACGCUUUGACUGACGGGUUGAAGACUGACGGAGUCACCAGGCAGUGACGUUAUUUUUUAAAAAUUUCCUAUGACACAAAUUGUAUUAUGGCUGAUUUACAGCUCAAAUAACUGCUGCUUCUUUCCCCUCAAUGUUAUGUCUUAAUGAUCGUUGGACCAACAGGCCCUGAGGUGCAGAGCCUCUUUUAAACCAAAACUGGAAAUGAACGCACUUUACCUCGAUGUUAAUUCCAGAUUCAGCUGAUGUGGAUCUGUUCUGCUCAACUUUGGCUUGUUCAGUUUUUAUUCACACGAUUUAGAUAAUUUAAAAAUAAACUCCUGACGACCCAACAAGUUUUAGCAGCUGUAUCUUAACAUUCAAAACUUGAACAGUAUUUUGUGUAAAGAUAUUUUUUUUAUAACAGCAGGGUCAUGUUUACUACAGCCAAUUUUAAGUACUUUCAUUUCAGAUGUUUUGCUGAAGAAUAUAUUU